AUGCCAGAGGACGACAAGGACCAGAAUGGUGGUGCUUGGAGCAGGGUACCCACUUGGGAUGGCAGUCCACAAACGUGGAGAACAUUCAAGCGGGAGAUGACGUGGUGGACUUCGGCUUUGGAUUUGCAGUCCACCUUGAAAUACAACUUGGCAGCAAGAUGGCUAUUGCGCCAAAGUGGAAUCGUCAGGCAGAGGGGCGAAGAGUUUCUUCCAGAAGAACUGGAGGCCCAGCAAGAAGUAACAGGCAUAGACCCGGAGACCCAGGAGAAGGUGGUAUUGACACCUGCAGACCCCUUGAAGGGGUUGAACAAGUUGAUCACAGCCUUAGAGGGCAUGAAUGGUCGUACCACCUUAGACAAGAAGGGCGAGCUACGCAAUAUGUUCUAUCAGGACCUGAAGAGAAAGCCUGGGGAGCGCAUUGCAGAGUUUUGUUCACGUUUUCGAGUUUUGGUUGCAGACUUGAAGACUGAAGGAGUGUUGCUCCCGUCCUCGGAGGUGGGCUGGUUCUUCAGAACAAAGUUGGGGCUCGACCCGAUACGGGUCCAAUUGCUUGACACGGCACUUGGAGGGGCUGAGGAGUAUGAGACCAUAGAGCGUGAGGUCCUCAGGCUCUUCAAGGAGUUGCAUGUUCAGGAUCCGUUGAAUCGGACCCGAGAUGUGAAGGGCUCUCCAGUGCUUCAAAGGUUUCUGAAUCAGCCGCAGCAAUCUUCUUUCAGCAGACCUUCAUCCUAUGCUCCUUCUAUGGCGUCCUCUACCAGGACAUUUCGGUCGAGUUCCUCAGCACCCUCUGGAGCACCUUCUUCUAGGUUUAGCAACUUGCGCAAGCCGAAGCAGGUUAUGGUUUCUGAGACAGACCUCAAUGCAGAGGAACCUGAAGAGGAAGAGCUUGUUGAAGACGGUGGAGAACCUCAAAGUUUGGAGGAAGUGUUGCAAACAGAAGUUGAAGCUCUAGCCACGGAGCUUGAGGAGGCUGCAGAGCUCGGUGUGGACGAAGAUGCGCUGAAGGAGGUCGAAGAGUCCGUUGAAGCAGCUGCAGAAGCCCUAAUGACCAUGAAGGAAUCACGGCAUCGUCUUCAAGAAGUUCGCAAAGACCGUGGAUACGGAAGAACUUCGGGUGGUGCCGAUAACAAGGCAAAGAUGAACCCAAAGAAAACAUCCAAGAACCCAUGUUUCGAUUGCAAUCUUCCAGGCCACUGGGCCAGAGACCCGGAGUGCAAGAAGCCGGGACAGCAGUUGGGGCGCAAGAAGCCCAAGCAGGUGCAGUUGGCUGAAGUUCUGAACACAGAACACACCAUUGAGGAGAAGUUUGAGGAGCAGCCCAACGAAGUUUUAGCAGUUUCUAGCGUCGGCACGUUGACAAAGUCCUUUGCCGUGGCGUUGGAGGAGUCUCACAAGACGCCCAAAGAGGUUCAUGCGGCGUCGAGCAAAAUGUCGCUGGACAAGCGGUUGGUUGGAGCCCUUGACAGUGCUGGCAACCGAACGUGCACCGGCAAUGAAUGGUUGGCUGGGUUUUUGUCUGGCCUUCGUGAGGCGCCUGCAGAGAUCCGCGCGUUGGUGCGGCAAGAAGAGGAGCAUGAGACUUUCAGGUUUGGCAAUGGGGGCACCCAGGUGUCAUUGAGGAGAUGGCGCCUACCAUUUGUGGUGGGAGAUGUUUUGAUGUGCGUUUGGGUGUCAGUAGUUCCAGUCAGUACUCUAGGUCUUCUCCUUGGACGUGAUUUCUUGGAAGCCAUUGGAGCCAACCUAGACUUUGCCCGCAGAACUUUGACAUGUGACUGGAUCGCUUCAAAGCCUAUGACCUUGAAGCAGCUCUCUGCAGGACAUUACCUCCUGCACCUUUUGCCUCGAAGCUGGCCCAGUUUGGAUGCUCAGAGGUGGCGUAGGGUUGGUAUUGAUGGUGUUGUCGAACUUCAGUUGAGUACAAAGAAUUGGUUGAGCAGACGUUUGAAGACAUGCUCACAUCAGAAGGGUUCAUGCCAUGAUCAUUUGUUGACAGAGAUGAGUGUACAUGCUGGGCAUUUGGUUUGCACUGUGCUAUCAUCCCGUGAUGAUUUGGCUCCACCUGUCACAGCAGCGUCAAGCUCGAUGUCUUCGACGUCGGCUGAAACACGAACGACAACAUCCUCUACGACCAGGAGCUCAUUGAAGCCAAAAGAUGGACCAGCAACCCCACGUCCCAAAUGCGGGAAAGUGGCGCAGAAUGAUCAUCCGGCUCAGAGAAAGAGCCAUAUGGGCCGCAAAAGGGCUAUGCCUUUGGCUCUUACAAAGGCCCUACUUGCGAUUUCUGCCUUUGCCUUACCCUUCUACUCCCAGCAUCGACAACAGGUGACGGCGGGAACUUUGCCUCGUCGCUACCUCGACUUCGCCAAUCGGAACGGGCGCUUCACGAUGCAGAACGUGGGAGAAUGCAUUCACCUUCGAAGCCGCCUUGGGCUGAUGACGGCAUUCUGCGAAGAUCCUCAUCUUCAAGGUAUGGUGGCAGCUCUCCCUGUCAAGGGGCUGGCAUCCAAGAUCCAAAAACAAGUCAAGGAGGAGGCCAUGGCGUCUGCCAGCAGAGCAGAAGCAGAGGGCAGCCGCGAAGCAGAAGCCAGAUCGAUGAUCGGUCCAAAAGGAGGACUUCCAUCUCUCCGUGGCGACUUGGUGCGUCUUGCAGCACUUCUACAUGUGCCAUUGGAGGACAAGGACACCAUUGCACAGAUCAAAGAAAAGGUCAAACCAAUGGUCGCAGUGCUGAAAGAAAAGCCAGUGGUGCCUGUCGCCAAGAGCAAGGUGAGGGGAGCGCGUCCGAAGUCAAGCCCAAGCAAGGCCGCAUCGUCCAAUCCGCCUCUGACCAUGCAGAAUUUGGCCGACCAACGGUUGAGGAUGGGCACGGUUUUGGAAACCAUGUCCAAAGAGCUCACCACCCUGAGACAACAGACCGACCGUCGAGCCGCUCUUCACGGCCAACAGAUGGAGGUGGACGACAAGGCAUCAGAGGGGACGUACACCAGCGAGGAGCUGAGGGCGGCGGCAGAGAGCAUGGAGGACGUGUAUGCCGAGCAGUUAGCCGCAGUGUAUGGGGAGGAGGAAGUGGAGUUCCUGACCAACGAGCAGGUCUACAACCCCUACAAGUUAGAGCAAGACAUCAAGAAAGGCCAAGCCCAACUCAUUUCUCAAGCUUGGUCAAAACAUGUUGCAGACCGAGUGCGCGUUUCUCAAAGCGCCAAGGAAGUCAGAGAAGUACUUGAAGCUGACUUCUACAAGGAAAUGACGGGCUAUGUCAAUGACGAGACCUUUUUCCAAUCCAUUGACUUGUCCCAUGUUUCCUCUGUGACAGACUCCUCGGAAGUCAAUGCGGCGGAAAGCAGUGCAUUACAUCGUCUUUUGGUGUCAGAGAUUUACACCACUGCUCAGAAUGUGAUGAAAGAGGCCAAACGGAGGGGGCAUUCAGUUGGAACACCCAUGUCUCUGGAAAAUGGAUGGAAUUUCUUGAGAGAAGAUCAUCGAGAAAAAGCUUUGCAAAUUGUUCGAGAAGAGAAACCAUUUUGUCUUGUCCUUGCUUUUCCCUGCGGUCCAUUUAGCCCACUGCAGCGGUUGAACUCCAAGGGUCAGGAGACUUUGGAUGCCCGACAAGCAGAUGGAUUGGUUUUGAUGCGUUUUGCAAUACAGCUUGCUCAAGAGCAGAUCAAUAAUGGUCGACAUUGCAUUCUGGAGAAUCCUCGGCCGAGCCAAGCAUGGCACAUGGUUGAGAUGAGGCGUUUCCUUGAAGAGAAUGACAUCAACACAGCAGUUUUUGAUCAGUGUCGUUUUGGCCUGAAGAGCCUGUCUGGUGGGUUGCAUAAGAAGCCGACAAUGGUGGCAAGUUCUUCUUCUGAAGUUGUUUCUCAGCUGGAUGGAGUGCGGUGCAUGCGCGAUCACACUCAUGUCCCGGUUUUGGGAGGCUCCAAAAUCACCGCCCAUGCGGGCAUUUACCCUCAUCAACUAGCAAGAGCGCUGGUUGUGGGUAUCGAGAAGCAAUUUGAGAAGGAUUACAGCUCUCAUGAGGUUUUGGCGGCUCAAGCAGAUGAGGAUGAUUUGGGUUUUGAGGGCGUUGAACCUCAGCACCCUCCUGGUGAAGUGGAAACAGAUGAUGAAGUUGAAGAUGAACUUGACCAGAAGAAGAUCAACAUACCUGCUAGUGUGCGUCAGGCGAUCAAGCGCCUCCAUGAAAACACGGGGCAUAGAAGCACCCGACGUUUGGCGAGGGCUCUCGCCAUAGCAGGAGCUCCAGAAGAAGCAAUCGUCGCGGCAAAGCAACAUCGCUGCGAGGUUUGCCAAGAACGCGCUCCUCCCAAGUCAAGGGGACCAGCAAGCCUGCCUGUUCCCAAAGAUUUCGGCGACCAAGUGCACAUUGAUGUGAUUGAAGUUUAUGAUGCAAAGGACCGACGUUUCUUUGUGAUUCAUGCCACAGACUAUGCCACAAGGUAUCAGCUUGCGGAACUCAUGUCGGAUAAGUCCUCUAAGUCGGUUAUACGUUUUAUGGCUUUGAAAUGGGUUGCAACGUUUGGUGCUCCCAGAGUUCUUGUCUGUGAUCAAGGUCGCGAAUUUAUCAGCUGGGAAUUUGAAGAAUGGGCAAGUUCAGUUUCCACAAUGCUCCACCAUAUUGCAGUGCAGGCGCCUUGGCAAAAUGGUAUAGCCGAGCGCACUGGGGGCGUUCUCAAAACGCUCCUUUCUGCAAUCAUUGCCUCUCAGUCGGUGUUGGGCAGAGAGGAAAUGGAGCUGGCUUUGGCGGAGGCAACUGCAGCGUACAAUGGCGACAUCAAUGAGUCUGGAGCGUCGCCAUAUCAGGCCGCCAUCGGCAGACAGCCGAGAAUGGUUGGCGACGUGCUUGGUGGCAUUGGCUCACGCCUGGCAGAACACGGGCUGAUAGACUCAAAGCCAUCCUUUGCUCGUCAGAUUGCUAUGAGGGAAGUUGCAAAGAUUGCCAUGACUCGGCUUCAUUUCAGCCGAGGACUCAGAAAAGCAGAAUUAGCCAGGUCGAGAAGUUCAACAAUAGAACAAGCUCCAGAACCUGGCACCAUUUGCUAUUUCUAUCGGCCGUUGAAGUACAACAGCAAGAAUUCUGGAAACCGACGAAAGCUCACCUUGAAGCGGUGGCACGGUCCUGCCUUGCUGGCGGCAACAGAGGGCACUUCCUCGGCUUACCUUUCUCACAAGGGGCAGCUCACGAAGUGUGCUUUGGAGCAUGUACGAGUGGCUUCCACGUUGGAGCAGAUUGCUUCCGACACUUGGAGGGAUGCAAUUGAAGAAGCUGUUCAACAAGCAAUGCAUGACCUUGCCUUGCGUCCUGCAGCCCCAGUUGAAGCUCCAGAAGAUCCCCAAGUUCCGCAAUCAGCCCCUGGAACGCCUGGCUUUCUGCCUUCUAGGGGAGCCGUAGAGGCUGCAGAUCUCGCUGGUCUAGAUCUACCACCUGUGGAACCAGUCGAAAUUGUUGGUGCCCUUGGAUCAGCACCGGUUUUGCCUUCCUUGGUGGGUUCAAGUGUGCCUUCGCGGAGGGUCAGUGAUGUGACUGGUGCUCAGGCUUCUAAUGCAGCCCCUGCCUCAAUGUCUUCCUCGUCUCAAAGACCGCCUUUGCUGCAGAAUCAAAUUGAGAAAGCGCGAGAGAUGGACGAAAGCAGUGGAGCAAAGAGACCUGCGGAAGUAGAUGCUGAACAACUCAGGGAAGAUGAUAGGGCCGCUGCUGCUUUUGGAGGCCAUCAGACUAUGGUGGUGGAAGGGUCGACCGAACAAAAGGUUCCUUUGUUUGCAGACCAAGUGUAUGACGUCCUUGUGAUGUCGCGAGCUGAAGUUGAAGAAGCAAUGACAGACCCUCAGAGACAUCCGCUUCUCCAGAUUCGAGAUCAGGCCUGUUUGGACCGCCUUGAUCCCUUAUAG